UCAAGUUGUUGUUCGUUUGCAGUGGUGUGGUUUUACCCAAAGCCAUCGAUAUCGGUUUGGUUUUACCUACAAGGACACCUUUGCUGUUGACGCGUGCGCAAAGGUCAUUUAUAUCCGCAUACAUUUGUUUGGAAAAGCCCGGGAGAGAAGAUGAGCUCAGCGACAAAUAAUUCAAGCAAGCGUAUUUGUGAGAAAUACUGUGUAUCCGCGUCGUGAAUUUUUUAAAACUCACGCAACAAAAGCUGCACACAGUGAACAAAAUGGAUCAGGAGACUGCUAUCAAUUUCAAAUCUUUGAGGGCCAAGUUCCAGGAGUCUCAGGCAAAAGACAGACCUCCAGUUCCCGAGAGGCCAAAAAGUCUGGCAGCCCCAGUGGCUCGCUGCGGACCACAACCUCCCAGUCCAAAAACAACUGUCAGAAAUUAUCACAAGAGACCACCGGUGUCCGUGCCAGUCAAUCUCCAAACCACCACUGCUCCUGCCACCUCCAUUCCCAUCUCCAAAGCCGCAUUCAAAGACCGCCACCUGCCCCUCGUGCUGCCUAUUCCGUUUUCAAGCGAGCCCAAGCAGCACACUGUGUCACCACCGCGAGGAGUGUCAUCACCUGUCAGAGGCAAGAAGAAGCCCUUGCUCAUGCCUUUCAAGUCCACCAUCACGGCAAAGUUUGGCAGGGGGAACAUGGAGAAUGGUGAGCACACCUUCACCAUGGAGAGAUCCAAAGCAGAGACUGGGUUCGGUUAUAAUGGCGACAGUUCCAAUCCAAGCUCUGUAAACCCAAGUCCAGAGAAACCAGGGACUCCUCCGCCGGUUGAUGCAAUCGAGGGUUCCUGCACAGAGGGCUCUGCAUCUCAGACAUCUCACCAGCGGGUGCUGAGCACCCUGGAGAAGGCCAAGAAGAAGUUCUCCCCCAAGCAGCUUUUGGAGUAUGCUAAGCCCAAGAGUUUCCACUCCCGCAAUGUAUCUCCGUCAGCUAGUCCUCCACCCCCACCGGUGGACUAUGAGAAUAUGAUCCCAGAACGGCAUCCACCAAUGCCUCAGCUAGAGAGCAUCCUACCUCCAGUUCCUCUUCAUGCUCCUCCAUCACCUUUCCAGAGCAAUGGCAUCUCUUUUAAAUAUGCCACAGUGAAUCGUGACAAAGGGUGUGUCCUUGACCGGCCAGCUGUGGUACCACCAGUGAAGGUGCUUCCUGGCUUGCAGUCGCUUGGCUCCAGGCCAGUGAAGCCCCCGAGACCUCCACUGGUGGACCUGUCGCCCUUCAGCGCCACUAAUGUAUUGGAAGGAAAUGCUUUGCUCACAGCAAGUGCAUCUGCAACAUCUCAGGACCUCGAUUUGGACCAGCAUGUGCUGGACGCUCCUGAAGUCCCUGACUUUGAUCCCUCUGAGCCUGUGCACGUGGACCAUAGUGCUUUUGAUCUAGCUCAUGUAGAUCUGCCACCUAUAGUGCCUGAAGCAUUUGGACACGUGGGGUUUCUACCACCUGAUCCGGUAGACUUGGGUUACAUGGGUUCCAGUGAACCUCUCACCACCGAGCAGGUAGCUGCAGAGGCUCCUGAACCUCCUGCUCUCCCUCCCUGGGUGGACACCCAGCCCUCCCCUGUGCUGGAGGCAGAUGGCACGGAGGAGAGCUCCGACUGUGCACUGAGCAGCACCCAGGCCACGGACUCCUGUGGGACCAGUGAACUUGCAUCAGAGCAGAAUGUGAGUUCAAUGGACAGCUUUUAUGAACAUUGUGACAACAUCUAUGAGGACGUGGCUUCAGUGGCCAAGUUCCAAUUCAAUCAAAACUCCCGCAAACGCAAAGAAGCUCCAAAGAAUCCAUAUGGUAGUCCACCCCUGAAUGAGCUGACACGGAAGACCGUCAAGUCCAUCGCUCCAUGGUCUAAACGGGAGACAGGAGAUCGCAUUACUUUGAGUCGCAGACAUAGCACCAGAAAGGAACGAGGGAGUCCAGAGACUCAGGAACAGAAGGAACAGAAGAAGAAAGAGAAACAGCACCAAGAAAAAGAGAAGAAGGAGCAAAAGGAGAGACAAAAGCGAGAAAAUGAAAUGAAAAAGAAAUUUAAAGUCACUGGACUAGAGGAACCCAUGUACUAUGCUAAAGUGAUGGUCACCAGCAAAGUCCGCAAGCACGAUUUGCCAGUGAAGAGUGGUGACGAAGUCAGCAUAAUCCGCACCAACAACUGCCCCAAGGGCAAAUGGCUGGCCAGGGAUGCCACACACAUAUAUGGCUAUGUGUCUCUGAGGAACCUGGAGCUGAACAUUAAAGAGAUGCUGGAGCUUGGGAAGAGGGUUGCUACUGGCUUUGCCACCAAUGAAGGAGACACAGUCAGCCUAGGGAGCAGGUCAUCCACACAGAACCCUACACGCACCAGCAGCUUCACUGACGAUAGUGAGGAAUGGACGUUUGAAGAAGAGACACUGUCUCCAACUACAGACAUGCCCCAGUGCCGAUCCAUGUCUAUGCCAGAGAUGUAUGGGAGUGAUUGCAGUAUGCACCACACACAAAGUGAUGGCUCUAUGAAUGAUGUGACUGCCCAAACCAGGCAUGACGCACUUCAGAAGCUGGCCAUUUUCUUUCAGCACUCAAAGGGAGGCUUUGAUGACGCCACGGACAAUGGAGAAGCCACCCCAACAAACACUGGAGAUACUGACUUUCUGUGUGCCAUGGAAGAGCCUCCUUACUCAGAACAGCAGGAGGAGGAGGAUUUUGAGUUUGCAGACGUGGUGCUACUGCCUCCCCCAGAGCUGUAUGCUGACACCUGAAGCCCUGAUGGGGCCACGUGGACACUGGGGCCCAGUUUGUGGUGUGCCAUGUCGUCUGUUGCCGUCACCUGAUCUGGAAUCUUGCUCAUUACCGAGGGGGAUCGCAUUGUUCCUUGCCGUUUGGGGCGUUUGAAGAGACUAGUAUCACUAUCGCUUAGUGUUGAGAGGCACACACUGGAAACUGACAAGAGUGGUAAUGUCAUCAUGUGGCCACCAGGGAGUGACACGCAGGCCAGACACGAGUGGAUGAUGUACUGCUCUGAUGCAUUCAGUUUCAACUGAAAAUCGCAUCAUGUGCACAGGAGGUAAAGUUUGUCAGACACAUGUUCUAAAUGUCUAGUGAUAUCCAACAUUUGUUAUGAUGUGGAUACAUUGAGCAGUCUCACCCCUAAUCCCCCCAAGCCAUGCACAAAACUAAAUCACUUUUCUGUUGGAUGCACUUUUUUUGGUUUGUUUUGUUUUGCUUUUGAAGUCCUCCCCUCAAUAACCCCAACCUACAAGUUUAAUGUACUAUUUGUAUAGUGUUCAAUUCACACAGUUCUGUUAUUUUUGUGUAAACUCAUUUGUGUUAAAUAAAUGUAAACAUAUAUGAA